AUGCAGCCGGAGCACAGUCAGCGCAUGGUGGCCUUGUACCACCUCGUCUUGGAGACUGCUGUGGUCAAGGUCGUGCUGCUGGUGCUGCAGAUGCUGUGCUGCGCGGUGUUCUGGCUGGUCGAGAAGACUGUGGUCGUCAACGAAACCGUCGGCUCGAUGCGCCUCCGAUUGUGGAACAGCAAGUUCAAGCUGCGCACCAUCCAGCGCCAGUUGCUGUGGCGCAUGGCCAAUGCCCGGGGCGACGAGACGCUCGUCUUCUUUGCCGUGCUCAUGACCACUCCCUGGCUGUUCUCCCUCAGCCUCCUGGGAUUCAUCCUGUCUUUGGCGGCGCUCCUGAAGAAGACCGUCGAGGAGCUGGUGUUCCAGAUACGCCUGCACCUCGUGAUCUAG